AUGUUACCUCGCUCUGAUGAUGUCCGUCACAUGACGGACGAAAGCUUACCACCUCCCCACCGGAAUCGAGGGAUAUCACCUUGGAAACAGCAUCAAUAUGAAUGUUCCAGUAAAGCCAAUCGACAGCUGGUCAAGUGGAAUCCUCCGUCGUCUUCUGGUAGAACCGGCCUACGAAUCUCUUCACCCAACACUUUCCCUCGAAAUAAAAGUAAGCUCAACAGCUCGUCUUCACCUGGAACGAGAGAGGAUGUCUCGCCGAUUGCGCCGACCUGA